CUAAGGGUCUUGAAGGAUACUGAAACCACGCCAUCUCUUCGGAAAUUCUUUCCCACCGUUUUCUGUCUUCUUAACUUUGUUCUCUAAUGCUCUUGACCUCGCAACUCCAAUUUUUGACCUCGCAAAAUGAGCGACUCGUACAAGGAGGUAGUCUCAGAUGAUGGGAAGCAGGUGGUGCAUGACGGGAUACAAGUCGUUCAGUCGGGAUUGGAGCCCGUUCCUAACGGACUCAAGCCCGUCCUUAGUGAAGACCUCCCAGCUAAAAAGCAACAUCCGCGGCGCAAAUUGAUCAUUGGCAUAGGGGCAGCGGUCGCAAUUGUUGUAAUCGGCCUAGCUGUCGGCUUGGGAGUUGCCCUUAGCAGAUCACAUUCUACCCCAAAAUCGGCAUCAGAUGAGCCAGCUUCCCCGGCCCCGCGCGGCGAAUUCACCUCGUCUGCAUCAUUGUCAUCGUCCACAUCAGAACCAUCUACAUCCACGUCAGAUCCGACAUCAACAAUUUCAACUGCCUCAGAAACCAAAAACGCAUCUCCCACCCCCACAGCCGAAAAGUACACAUGUCCAGGCGCGAACAACACGGAGAUUCAUAUGGGUACCGGCAAGUCCGCGGCAUCGACUUAUUAUGUUUUCUGCGACGCGGACAUCCACGCCACCAACAAGAAAGACUUAUCUUCCACGGUGCAGGGAAAGUUUGCGGACUGCCUGGGGCUCUGUGACUCGAUGAAUAAUUUCCAGAAGCGCGCAGAUGUCGCUCUUACGUGGAACUUUGAAGGGACAGGGCAACAGAAACCAGGCACUUGCUGGUGUGUGACGGGUUCAAAGAAGAGGGUUAUAUCGAACCCGGGGAAUAUGGUGGCGAUUCUCGCCACAGAGAACCCUGUGGUUGAUCUAUGAUGGAAUGUAUCUAAAUCUUACAUAUUUGCUCCAGUCUGGUACUGGGCAAUUUGAAGAAUGUAUCUAUGGCUCUAUGCGUGUCCGUUGACCUGUGUGAUGACCUGCCCGAGAA